AUGCGGACUGGUUUCCCGAUGCUCCACGUGGAGGACGAGUACACUCCUCCCGAGAAGACAGCGAGCAGGUAUUGGAAGCUCACAGCCGAGCAGCGCAGGCAGCUCAGGAUAUUGGAAGAGGAGCUGGAAAGCGAUAUCCCCAGCAACGACAGCGGGAUUUUGGCCCCGGUGGCCGACCAACCGCUGCUUAUGGCGGUGGCUGGGGGCAUCGGUGCGUCGGUGGGCAACACGGGCAGCAUCAACUUCGACCGGGAUCUCAUCCGGCGUAUGAAGAUGCAGGACCUGGUGGUCAUGUGCUUGCUGCUGCCGGAACCUCACUCUGUUGUUUGGUCAGGGUGCCACGUAUAG